CAAUUGCUUGGUAUUAUAUUAUUUAAUAUUUCUAAACAAAAAAAACAACACUAAUCACUGCACAUUAGGUAAAGGCAGUAAACAAUCGCAAUUUUACCAUCUAAGUUUCGAAUAAUUGUCAUCAUUGGACAAUAAGAUGAUACCCUUCUCUUCACGACCAACAACACAAACAACAACUCACAUAACAACAACAACAACAACAUUAUCCGAUCAUCAGCAACAUCAGCAACAGCAGCAGAAUUAUCCACUGUUCUACAUGUCGCAAAAUAUCACACCUUCUGAUAAUUUUCUUUCGUAUAAUUCCAAUAAUAUUUCAAAUAUUAAUAUUGCUAAUACUAAUCAAACUAUUGCUAAUACUGUUACAGCAACAGCAACAGCAACAGCAACAGUGGACAGUAACUCAAAUUCUUCACCAAUUCCAUGCUAUUACAUCUUACGAGAGGAAUGUGUUGGAGAUUUAGAGGAAGAAUUACGAAGAAGAGCAAGAGCUGUGAAAGAUGUUGGACUUUCGAAUAGUAAUCAGUUAAGGAGAAACCUACCGCAGCAAAAUUCUAUAAUCAAACCUGUUAUUGUUGAGAGACAUGGCAUCUUACCACUUUCAAAUCAGGAUUCUAAUACUACUUUAGGUAAACUUAAAAAUUAUACUAAUUCCAAUAUAGGAAUAAUGAUUACGACUCAAACAACAUCUGAACCACUGAGUAAAUCUCCUCAUUAUCCAAUUACUCAACAUGACCAGUCCGCCGUGCAAAAAGUAAAUCUCCAAUUGAGUAACAAUCAGAUUUUCCAACAACCAAACCAACAACCUUUCCAAACGCAUGUUUCGAAUAAUACAACAAUUACUAAUACAACUAGUACAACAAUAGGCCCAUCUCUAACUAAUUUCUCACAUGUUAUUAAUAAUAAUACUAAUAGUACUAAUACGAAUCAACAUGUUCUUGGAGGCAUGAAUGUUUCGAAUAAUUCUAACGGUCAAAUGCAACAAACUUCGAAUGCACUUUUAGUACAUACUACUAGCAGUCCUCAACAAGAUGCUAUUCUAAAUCAAAUAUUUGAUGAGGAACAAGAUGUGAUUAAAAAUAGUGAACUUGAUGAGCUAUUGGCAGUUGGCAUGGAUGACAAUUCAUUUCUGCAAAGUCCAACAAUUAAUACCAAUAAUAUUGGAAACAUGUUUUAUAGUGGAAGUAAUGUAGGUGGUGCUGCCUCAUCUUCUCCCUUAUCACCACCAACUGUUCAAACUAAUCUAUUCGAAAGUAAGGUAAAGAAGGAAAAGAAGAGAGGCAAAUCAGCAAUGAUACAUGUUGAGAUACCACCUCCUCUACUAGCACCCAAUCAACCCACUCUUAACUCGCCCCAAAACAACUCAAUUGGUGGAACACCAUCCUACUCGACAACCAAUAAGAAAGUCGCAAAAACAUCAAAAAAGAAGAGAAAGCAAUCAGCUGCUAGCUCCUCAUCAAUGCCAUCAAGUAGCACGAGUACAAACACCAACGAUCAACACUUCUUUUUUGGAAGUGGUAGUUCAACAGGUGGUAAUUUACAUGUUCUUCCAAUGUUUCCUCCAAGCAUCAUGAAUGGUGAAGAGGGAGGAGGACCAGAUGAAGAAAGUAAUGCACCACCAAGGAGAAAAAGAGGAAGACCACCAACUGUACAUACGUGGAGUUUUGGUAUUGGAGAGAACACCUAUAAUACCUUCACACGUUUCAGUAAUCCAUUAGAACAGGCAAAUACUGUCAAUUCGUAUAAUUCUUCUUCUUCCUCGAAUUCUGAUUCUGAAUCUUCCAAGAAGAAAAAGAAGGAAAGUAAGAAGAAAUCAAAAUAAAUAAUUAUUUAUUAUUC